AUGUCGAACACAGAAGUUCAAAAUAGUGAACGCCUUCCGAUGUUAUCAGCAACUGAAGAAAACGUUAAUUCAAAUCCACCCGUUUCAGUUUCGGUAUCAAUUGAACCGGCGACGACUAUUGUCAAAAAAAGUGUUGAUUCUAAUGCUAACUCUGAGGAUAAUAAUAAUUUUACUCAACUUGUUCGACCACUAUUAGUUGAACUCAUCGGUACAACAUUGUUUGCUCUUAUUGGUUUGUGGGGUGCUUGUUCAGGUGGUGGUUUGAUCGCUAAUGCACUAUCAUUUGGUUUUGCAUUAAUGGUAUUCACAGCUUGUUUCGGUCAUAUAUCAGGUGUUCAUUUUAAUCCAGCAGUUACAAUUGGUGUUUUGAUUGCUGGUGAAAUGCAACCGGUUUUGGCUAUUCUCUACUUUGUCGUACAACUUUUAGGAGGUAUUGCUGCUGGUGGUCUUUUACGUUUAUUACUUACAACAAAGACUUAUGAAGCAUGUAAAGGUGGAGCUACAUUAUUGACAACAUAUGCUGCAUCAAAUGUAACAGGUGCUAAUGGAUUAGUUCUCUAUGCUCCUGAAGAAGUUCGCAUUUGGCAAGGAGUUAUAAUUGAAUUCAUUGUUACAUUCGUUCUUGUUACUGUCCUUAUCAUGGUUACAAUAGAUACUAAAUCAAAAACCGGCCUUGCAUCACUUGUAAUUGGUUUAACAUUAGCUGCUAAUAUUCUUGCCGCUGGUGCUUAUACUGGAGGUUCACUUAAUCCAGCUCGUUCACUUGGUCCAGCUAUCUUUGCUGGUCAAUGGCAUAAUCAUUAUGUCUACUGGAUUGGUCCACUUGUUGGAGCUGUCGUCGCUGGUCUUCUCUAUCGUACUGUUUGGGCACAUCAUGAUCGUCGUAUGUUUGUUAAACGUACAUCAGCACCAACAACAUCAUCAGCUGAAAAACAAUAA